CACUGCCAUCUCGUCUCGCGGAACUGUAGGAAUCGAUCGACUGCGCCUUCCUCCGGCUCUGCUUUGUGAGAUGCUCUUCCUCGUCCGGCGGCACCGCCGCCUCGCUCUCCCCUUCUCCACUCUGCCCGCGCCCGCGCCCGCCUCCAACCCCACCCCCACCCCCACCCCGCCCUCCUCGCUCGACGCCUCGGCGGUGCUCGAGACGCUGUCCCUCUACGCCAACGACUGGCGCCGGGCGCUCGACUUCUUCCACUGGUCCGCCUCCCCCACCGGCGCCAACUUGCCCCCGACCGCCGCCACGCUCGCCCGCGCCGUCGAUAUCCUCGGCAAGCACUUCGAGUUCCCGCUCGCCACCUCCCUCCUCCUCUCCCACCACGAUCCCGAGGACCCCGCCUUCCUCCGCCCCGCGCUCCGCGCCCUCCUCAACCGCCUCGCCGCCGCCAACCUCGUCGACGACGCCCUCCGCGCGUUCGACUCCACCGCCGCCUCCAUCGGCCUCCGUGACGAGGCCUCCUUCCACCUCCUCGUCGACGCGCUCUGCGACCACCGCCGCGUCGACGAGGCCGACCACCUAUGCUUCGGCAAGGACCCGCCGCCGUUCCCGCCGGGCACGAAAACCCACAACCUGCUCCUCCGUGGGUGGGCUAAGACCCGCGCCUGGGCGCGUCUCCGCCAGCUGUGGUUCGACAUGGACCGCCGCGGCGUUGCCAAGGACCUCCAUUCCUACUCGAUAUACAUGGAUGCCCUUGCUAAGUCAGGCAAACCGUGGAAGACAUUCAAAGUUUUCAAGGAGAUGAAGCAGAAAGGCGUUCGAAUCGACACCGUUGCUUACAACACUGCGAUCCAUGCUGUUGGGCUCGCGCAGGGCGUCGACUCUGCUGUAAGGUUGUACAGGCAGAUGGUUGAUGCUGGUUGCAAGCCGAAUACUGCCACUUACAAUGGGAUUGUCAAGUUAUUCUGCAAGGAGGGUAGGUUCAAGGAAGGGUAUGCGUUUGUUCAGCAGAUGCACAAGACUGGCUGCAAGCCCGACGUGCUCACAUACCAUUGCUUUUUCCAGUUUUUGAGCCGUCCACAGGAGGUCCUUGGACUGUUUGAGAAAAUGCUUGAGAGGGGUUGCCAGCCAAGGAUGGAUACAUAUGUCAUGCUUAUUAAGAGGUUUGGGCGCUGGGGGUUCCUUCGGCCAGUGUUCAUUGUGUGGAAGGCAAUGGAAGAGCAGGGUCUUAGCCCGGAUGCAUUUGCUUACAAUGCACUUAUUGAUGCGUUACUGCAAAAGGGUAUGGUGGAUUUGGCUAGGAAGUAUGAUGAAGAAAUGCUUGCAAAGGGACUCUCACCUAAGCCAAGGAAAGAGCUGGGGACUAAGUUGCCAGAAGCAGAGUCUGAUAGUGAUAAUGCAUUAAACGGUGUGCUUUGAUUUCUGUGAGCUAGACAGGGAUGAGCAUUAUCACGUUCUUAUGAAACAGUGAUUUGAAUAUGCUCAUUUGUUCCCAAAUAUAGGCUGCUUUUUUAUUGAAGGAGGUCUAAUAUGAAUUCAUGGAUUUUAUAUGGAUUUGGAGGCAGACUGGAUCAUAUUGCAUUGCUGUCAAUUAAGGUUAGGUUUUUAUCUGGCAAAUAUGUGGAAAGAGCUGGGCCUCCAGAGAUUGAUGUGUUUCUGGAACCAUAGGUGGACAUGGUCACAUGUGUAGGAAAAAAAAUUAUGAUAUGCUCAUGGGCCUCCGCCAAGUUGACAUAAGAAGUGGAUGAGAGGACCAAGAAGAAUCAGCAACGAAGCAAAGCCAUGUAGUUUGUAAAAACUAUGGUCCCUAGUCAGGCAGGUUCAGCUUGCUAAACAGCCUCAUGGUGAAACCUGGAGCAGGAAUACUGCAGGUAUUUAUUCAACCAAGUCGGCAUAUAUCAGACCCAAUUUUAGCUCAUUUGUUACUGAGUUAAAUUUGGAUGAAAGUUGAAACACGGAACUUCAGAUGAAGUGCAAAACUUCAUGUGGUUGCUCUUUCAGUGAAGUCUUCACAGCAGACAAUCUGCUUGCCAGGGGAUGAAUGGCAAUCAUGGCAUGCAAACUCAACUUGGUACUUAACUGCCUGUUUGUAACAGAUUUGGUAUGCAGUGGCAACUUGGUCAGGUAUAGAUUCUCUUGAGCCACAAAAUGCUUCACAAAAUUUGAGAAACUGGUGACACAAGCUUUAUUGAGGGAAGUACCAUGCAGACCUGUGAGGAGAAAAUUCAGAAUAAAUAUGUUUGGAUGUUUGAAAGAAUCUGGCGAAUUUCUGAGCAGCUUGGAGGACAUUGGCAAUUGACAUGCCAUGUACUGUGUUGUCAACAAUCCUGUAGGUAGUCUGCAUCGCUGGCUUUGCUUACUCUUGUCAAUCUUUUCAGUAGUGUCGCUUUCUUUUCUUUUCCUUUUUUGGUUCUAGUUUUCUUAGCCAGCCAUACCACCUUUGUAAUUUGACUCACUUUAAAGAAUCGGCAGAGAACCUGCCAUUUUCUGCUAAACAAAAUAGUUGAGGAGAUCUGUGAACAAUGUGGAAUUUUCAUGCACUUGGGGAAAAUUUAAUGAUUUAUGUUGGAAA